AUGAAGAAAUUUACAGUAGUAAAUCUGGACAAGUUUAUUGAUGAUUUCACUCAUCUGGAACAGAAAAUUACAGAGCUCAAGGGUAAAAACAACAUAUUGGAGAUCAAGUUGGAAGAGACCAACAGAGUUCUGAAAUUUUCUCAGACCAAAGAGAAGUGCUUGAUUGAGGAGAGAGAUGGGAUGUUGGGGACAGUGAAGGGACUCCAGCAGACUCUACUGCAGCAGUGUGACCUCAGAGUGGAGAAUGAAAAGUUGAAAAGCACUGUGUCAGAUCUGAAAAGGCAGAGUGAUAGGAAAGUAGAGGAGGGGGAAGCUGAGAUUCAGAGGCUGAUGGCAGAGAUGAGAGCUGUGGGAGAGAGACAUCAGAAGGAGUUGGAGUCUCUGAGAGAGCAAUGCAGGAGAGGGGUGGAGGGCACUCACAGAGAAACACAGAGCAAACUUGAAGCGAAAGAUGCAGAACAGAAAGAGGCCCUGGAGAGAAAGGAGUCAGAUAUGGCAGAGAUGAGAAGGAGAAUGAGGGACCAGGAGAGAGAGAGGCAAAGUGAAAUAUUAAAGUUACAAAUGGAGUUUGGUGCUAAGCUUGCCAGGGUGCAGAGUACCACACAGAGGAUCCAGCAGCAGCCCCAGGGCUCAGGUCUUUUACCUCAGAACAUCUUCAAACGGAAGUUCCAGUUCCUUCAGGAGGAGAAGAACAGAGAGGUCGAGGCCCUGCGCCAGAGAAUCAAGGAAUUGGAGAAGCAGCACGCCAGCGGAUUCAGUGACUCCCGUCUAAAGAGAAAGAAGAUUUAGC